UCCCCCCUAACGCUGCCUUCUGUACCAAGCUAGCUAACGCUAGCACUACUAGCGUCGAUUUCUACGUUUGCUGGAUCCGCCAUAUUCUCUACUAGAAGACCCUAAGAGGGCCUGUCAUCGUUUGGAGAUCCAGAGGAAUGACAUUUCUGAGUGCUGUGCGACCAGAAUAAGAUGCUGAAUGUCCUCUCAUAACAGCUGCAAUCAGCCUAUGCUCCAUAAAGCCAUUGCAUCAGCUUUCAUCAGUCCCACCUCUCAUCUACUUCUUGGAGGAAACCUCCAAGGUGCUCCUGGGAAUAUCCUGUGUAGAAUAUGUCCGGUCCUGUUUCAAGCCGCUCUCGAGUUUACCCUGAUGUAAACACACAGAGACCCAGAGAGUACUGGGACUAUGAGUCCCAUGUGGUGGAAUGGGGAAAUCAAGAUGACUACCAGCUUGUGCGAAAGCUGGGCCGGGGAAAGUACAGUGAAGUGUUUGAAGCCAUAAACAUUACAAACAAUGAAAAAGUCGUCGUCAAAAUACUGAAGCCUGUAAAAAAGAAGAAAAUCAAGCGAGAAAUCAAAAUUCUGGAGAACUUGAGAGGAGGACCCAAUAUCAUAACACUUUUAGACAUUGUCAAGGAUCCUGUGUCUCGAACACCUGCACUGGUUUUUGAGCAUGUAAAUAACACAGACUUCAAGCAAUUGUAUCAAACAUUAUCGGACUAUGACAUUCGCUUUUACAUGUACGAAAUUCUGAAGGCUCUAGACUACUGCCACAGUAUGGGCAUUAUGCACAGGGACGUCAAACCACACAAUGUCAUGAUUGACCAUGAGCACAGAAAGCUCCGUCUGAUAGACUGGGGCUUGGCAGAGUUUUACCACCCAAACCAGGAGUACAACGUGAGAGUUGCCUCUAGAUAUUUCAAAGGCCCUGAGCUGCUGGUAGACUACCAGAUGUAUGACUACAGCUUGGACAUGUGGAGUUUGGGUUGCAUGCUAGCCAGUAUGAUUUUCAGAAAGGAGCCGUUUUUCCAUGGACAUGACAACUAUGACCAGCUUGUACGCAUUGCAAAAGUCCUGGGCACAGAAGACUUAUAUGACUACAUUGACAAAUACAACAUUGAACUGGACCCACGUUUCAAUGACAUCUUGGGCAGGCACUCACGUAAGAGAUGGGAGCGCUUUGUGCACAGCGAGAACCAGCACCUGGUGAGCACUGAGGCACUGGACUUCCUGGACAAGCUGCUGCGCUACGACCACCAGGCUCGCCUCACUGCCCGCGAGGCUAUGGAUCACCCCUACUUCUACCCAGUUGUGCAGGACCAGGGCCGAGGAGCUCCUGCAGCAAGCUCCACCCCUGUAAGCUCCUCCAGCAUGAUGCCAGGCAUCACGUCCAUGGCAGCCAGCACACAGCCCAUGGCCAGCAUUGCAACUGGCUCCCCUGUCAUCUCGGCCCCAAACGUGCUGGCUACACAAGUACCUGCCCCCACGGGAGCCCAGCCCUGAUUCAAUCAAUCUCUCUCUCUCUCUCUCUCACUUCCCUCUAUCUAUCUGUCUCUCUUGUUCUUUUCCUCUCUUUUUGUUCUAUUGGUAAUGUGGACAGAGCCGCUGACUACUUCUUUUUUGUUAUGUUGACAGUAACAGAACUAAUGCUAAGUUAUCUUUUCUCCUCUUCACUUCAGUUCUGUUGUAUAGGGAUAUGGACUCCCAAUGUCUUUUAGCACCUGCCUGGCCGAAUUAAGAUGGGCACAGGAGUGCAAGUUUUCUCUUUACACCGUGACUGUCAAGAAACACACACAUGUAGACCUGAAGAAGGAAAAUAAAAUUUAUUUUAUAUGUCCCUCAAGUAUUCUUGUGCUUGACAACCAGUUCUUUGACCAACUCGUGUUUUUGUUGUGGGAGCGAGGGGACUCUGCAUUUUAUUGCUUCACCUUUAGGUGUUGUUUCACUGUGAAACUUGAUUACAAAUUUCACAAGAUUUGAGCGGGAUGCAGCCUCAUGUUUGGUGCCCUUUGGAUUAGUAUCUGCACCCGUUCUGCUGUACCGUGCUGGAGCUUCAGUCGUUCUGUUCAUGUGGACUUUUAACAUACUUGGACCAGGGCCCAAAUUCAAUCCAAACUGCUAAAUCAUUACUGAUGGUGUGUAUUCAAUCAUUAUGUGCACGGCAGAAACUGGCUGAUCAGUAAGUAGAGGCUGUUUCAUAGAUGCUGUACUGAUUAUAUGAAGAGCUCAUAGCAGGUUAAUUGGAUUUGGCUGUGGACUUGAUAGAUACUCAGUAGUUACUUUUAGGACAUGUGGCCAUUGAGUACCACAGGGUCAAUAGUAUGCCAAUUUGUGUUACUCACAGAACUGAACUUGUCUUUUCUUUUUCAUUUUUUAAAUUAAGCUUCUGACAGAUUUGUUUCAUACCAUGAAGAAUUUUGUAAGUUGUUAUUUUUCUCCUUGAUAGAUUAUCCAAGUAAAAUGUCUCGACUCCAUUAUUAAUUCAAUUAAACAAGCAAAAUCUCUCUUAAGAACUGCAUGUUAUUUUUGCUCUGAUGUGACUGAUUUGAGAAGAUGGCAAACAGUUAUGUUUUUGUGUUCCACUCCCCUAAAACGUCUGCAUAGAUUGCCAGGUCUUUUACUACCUUAAUGAUAAUCCUUUCCGAAUGGCUUUCUUUUGGUCUUGUCUCAGUGAAGUACUUGGUGUGUUGAGUAGUAUGUAAGGAGACCGAAAACACCCACUGCCUGUAUCAAGUCUGGAUAGUUAAAAACCUAUUAAAAUACCAUUGUGUAUUGUAAAUGAAAUCAUAUAAAGUUUGCAAUAGAUGUUUUGCAGCUAUUUUCUUGUUUUCUUUUUUUUUUUUUAGUUUUUUUUUUAAAACUCAUUUAAAUGAGAAAAUAUAUUGUUUAUUAAAAGAACAUGUCACUUCUUGAUUUAUUUUACUGUAAGUGCAGCCUUUUUUUGGUUAGUGGAUGGCAUGUUCAGCCAAGUGGAAGACAAGGCUACCUCACAUUUCUAUGAUGCUCAAUAAAAGGAUAACAACU